AUGCCAAAAUUUCCGAAAAAAUGGUCUGAGAACGCCCCUUCCCCGUCUUCAAGUUUCCUCUACGCAAAGUUUAAGUCGCCUGCAGCCGCAGGCCCGGAGCUCUAUGUUCAAGGGCCCUUCACGACUCAAGUCGCCUCUGACGAUAAGAAUAUGUAUAGUGGAAACUUGUAG